CUCUUGCUGUUUUUCCCAAUUGGACCAACCCUACCUUUGAGGCAAACAUUCAGAAGUCACUGAACUUUAAAAACCUUCUAAAUCAGAGCUUUACUGCGGCUCUUGAAUGCAACACGUAUACCAAGUGAGCUUCUAAACUCUAAACACCAAACUCACCGCAGUAACUGAUCUGAGGAGCUGAAGCAUGGCCGGACCUCCUGCUGUGAUCUGGGAGCGCGAGGUGGAGGGUCUGCUGCGGUACCGAGAGCUGGUGCCCCGGCUGGAGGAGGCUCUGGGGAAGUUCUCCAGCCGGGACCCCGCAGAGGUGAUCCAGCCUGUGCGCGCCACCGUGCCGCUGCAGAAACACCACGGCUUUAUGGGAUUGAUGCCUACAUACAUGGAGAAUAAGGGAGUCCUGUGCACAAAGUUUGUGUGUUUCUACAAGAGGGAGGACGGUUCAAAUUUGCCGCCCACACAGGCCACGGUGGUGCUGCUGGACCCGGAGUACGGGAACGUAAAGGCUGUGAGGAAAACCUUAUUAAACACAGGGAUGAGGACAGCUGCAGUGCGCCCUGCUAAGUAUCAUUGGUUCUACAUCAACAU